AUGGUGGUAGCAAGACAUUUAUUGGAUAGCCGGUCGACAAAUUGUGUGCGAAAAUAUAAAAUAUUUUUUAUCAUCGGUAUCAGUAUACUAUGUAUUCAAGUGUAUUUAGCGUAUUCUUUUUUAACAUUGGAAAACGAAGAUCGAAAAUCUUCGAAAAGACGUGUUACUGACUUGAAGGAUUUUCCUCACUCGGAAGUAGGAGAGGGCCUUCCAAAAGGAACAAGACAAUUGAAACUGCCGCCAGAUAAACAAACGAGUGCAAACAAGCAACAAUCACGUCGUAAUCGUACAAAUAUUGUUACUCUAGAUCGAAAGUCACUAAAUUUUACUCCUAUCUGUGAUGUGACUGGACGAGAGGCAGUGAGUGCCAUAACACGAGCACAAUCUCAAAUAUGCAAAGAGUAUAUAGUCAAUGUGACGUGCCUUAGUCAUCAAGGUUUAUUAUAUCCCAAAACCUUACAAUCUUCCUGUCCUCAUUCCACAGGUUUUACAGGAAUUCCAAAGAAUAUUGGUUGCUUCAAGGAUGACAAACUAUUUCGUGUUCUUACUGGUUUCAAUGCAAUUUACAAGAAUAAUAAUUCGCCCCAACGGUGCGCAUACAUGUGUUUGCAAUCUGGAUAUUCAUUCGCCGGCACCGAAUACUCAGUUGAAUGUUUCUGUGGAAUGGAAGAGCCACCUCAAACUAGUCGACUACCAGAUUCCAGUUGUAACAUGAAAUGUCCUGGAGACUCUAAACAGUCCUGUGGUGGCUAUUUAACUAUCAAUGUUUUCCACACUGGAAUUAAAAAAUUUAAAGCCCAAGAAGCGAAGAAUUCUAGUUCAAAUCUAGUGAAAGAUAAGCCUGCUAGAAUAGCAUACUUAAUUACAGUCAAUGGAAGAGCUAGUCGUCAAGUCAAACGUCUCAUUCGCACUCUUUAUCACUCUUCACAUCUUUUUUAUAUUCAUGUUGACGCGAGACAAGAUUACUUAUAUCGUGAAAUGUUAGAGGUAGAAAGAAAGUGUAAAACAAAUAAUAUAAAAGUGGCGAAAGGCGAAGGAUUGCGACACGCGAGCAUUUGGGGUGGAGCGAGUCUUUUGACAACUGUUUUAAGCUCCGCUCGACAAAUGCUCUCGCAUUCUCAAUCCUGGGAUUUUUUAGUUAAUUUAUCGGAGUCUGAUUUUCCAAUUAAAAAUAAUACACUGUUGACUGAAUUUCUUUCCUGGAAUAAGGGAAUGAAUUUUGUUAAAUCACAUGGAAGGGAAGUUCAACGUUUUAUCAGUAAACAAGGAUUGGACAAGAGUUUUGUCGAGUGCGAGGCACGCAUGUGGCGAAUUGGCGAUCGAAAAUUACCAAACGGUAUUCAAAUCGACGGUGGAAGCGAUUGGAUCGCAUUGAGUCGUAAUUUCGUGGAGUACGUUGCAAAUCCAAAUCCAGAUUCUCUAGUGGCUGGUCUUCUAAAACUCUUCCAAUAUACACUAUUGCCAGCGGAAUCCUUUUUCCACACGGCUCUCAGAAACUCGAAAUUUUGUCAAUCCUAUGUCGAUAAUAAUCUACACGUGACGAAUUGGAAGAGAAAACUCGGCUGCAAAUGUCAAUACAAGGCAGUUGUCGAUUGGUGUGGAUGCAGUCCUAAUGAUUUUAAAAUUGAAGACUUUACACGACUACGCGGAACGUCACAGAGGAAUUUAUUCUUCGCAAGAAAAUUCGAACCAAUUAUUGACCAAAGAAUUAUCGACAGAAUCGAGCAAUGGCUUUAUCCUCAUUCAAUAAAUUCAACUGUCAAUUCAAAGGGCUACGAUAUGUACUGGCAGAGUCUCUAUCAUCACGCAGACUUGAGUCCCUUGGCUGAUGAUAGCCUGCUAACUGUUUCCAAUUCCCUCUCGAGACUCGCCUAUCGUAAUUUUAAUAUCGAAGACAAUGUUCAUCUUUUAGAAACGACGGCCUACUUUCAUGAGAAUAGAUUCUUUGGCAUUUUAAUAAGAGCCGAGGCGAAUGUGAAGAGUAUCGAGUCCUCGACAUUGCAGGCGGAAUUUCCCGAACAAAUCGAGGCAUUGGUUCAUUUGAAGAAAUAUGUAUCGACAAGUUCCGCUUGGUUAGGAAAGAUACGAAAUCUCAAUGUGAACACUGAUUAUGAUCAAAAGGAACAAACAUUUAGGAAUUUAAUUAAUGGAUUAGGACCAUUUUCCACUCCAAUUUUAGCCUAUGAAUUCGAACCGGAAGUGGUGACUCCACAGAAUGUUACUAUUUUGUGGGUCGAUCCUUUAGGAGUAUUAGCUGAUGUUAAUUAUAUGCAACUGGAAGAUUCAACACUCAUGGGACACGUGCGACCGCAAUUAAAUGAACGACUAUUAAUUGGAACUUGGCAAGUAAUUUUAGUUUCGAAUGGCGAAUUAAUGGCGCAAUUAAAAUUCUUAGUCACACCAUUGGCCUAUUGGAAGAAUCAAAAAAUCACAGCUGAUAAAGCACGAGAAAUUCACAAUGGUUCAUCGGGUCCCUAUCAUAUUGCUAAGGAUAUAGUGCAUAAGUGGAGAAAUUUCUUGAAACCUUUAAUAUACUCAGAAGGAGGAAGGCAGCGUGUUAAAAAUAAUGUCGAGGAGAGAAUUGGUUCCGAUCUGAAUCAAUGGAUAGACAUUUUAAUAGCCGAAUAUUAUGAGAUUAAUAAAAUAUGUUAUUUAAAUGGUCGGUUUAAGUUUAAGCCGAUUUUACAAAAAUGCUCUGCCACUCGAUGGAGUUCCCUGAGUCCUGAUACAAAGUCUGAUGUUCAUACUAUAUGUCAAAAUGGAGGGAAAAUGUUGCGAAUUUUGUUAAUUUGUAUUUUUGUUUUUUUAUUGAGCGAAAUUAACAGUCAGUACGUUCCUCCUGAUGCAACAGUUCAACCUCUUCAUCCAGUAGGAAUAAAAAUAUCUAUUCCUGACGAAGAAGGAAUUUCCCUCGUGGCAUUUCACGUAAACUUCAAUACAGAAUUUUUCGCCUUGGAGGCAGGAACAAUAGCACGAGAUAUAAUAAAACCCAGAAGUGGAAGAUGGACUUACGAAGAUCGAAGUACUAGACUCAAAGAAGGGGACGUUGUUUAUUACUGGGUGCAUGUUGUUUUUGAAGGAUUAGGAUACAAUUUACUUGAUCAACAACACACUGUAACAGACUUUUAUGAUUAUAACGGAGAACGAAUUGGUGGAUCAGCUGCAACCGAUUUUGCUGGCAAUGAAACAUGUUCUCCGACUGUGACAAAAGUUUACGGUUACGAAAAUCAAACACAGAAUGUUUGUGGGGGAGCACUUAUUUUCGAGGAUACGUUUGAAAAUGAUAAUCAACUUAAUCAAACAAAAUGGAAUAUUGUUGAAAGAUUUUCUGGACCUCCGGAUUACGAGUUUGUCGUUUAUCGGAAUUCAAAGAAGAAUGUUAAUGUUGUCAAUGGCAAUUUAAAAAUCACACCACUUCUGUUAGAAGAUGCUUGCGGUCACAAUUUUGUCGAAAAUGGAAGCUUAAGUUUGACGAAGUGUACCGGACAACAUGGAUCAAGAGACUGUCAACGCAACGCCCAAGGUUUUCUUGUUUUACCUCCCGUUAUCUCUGGACGGAUUGAGACGAAAAAUAUUUUUUCAUUUCAAUACGGCCGAAUUGUAAUCAGAGCAAAAUUGCCGCGAGGUGACUGGAUUUAUCCACUGUUAUGGCUGGAACCAUUGGACAGGGAUGGAUCACUCUUGGGAAACGAUGCUCUAUUUUGUUUUCAAUUACGAGUAGCGAAUGCUUUUGGAAAUCCAGAAUUACGAUCGUCUAAUGAAGAAGAUUUGAGUGGUCACAUUCUUCGAGGUGGAUUAGUUUCUCAUACACUUUUACACACAGUUGAUGUUUCCACAUUGAAAACAAACGACAGCACCAAAAGUAAAAGGUCACCUCAAUUGUGGUCCGAUGAUUUUCAUCUUUUUGAAAUGGAAUGGAGACCAGAAUCACUUAUUUCCAAAGUCGAUGGAGAAAUUUAUGGCGAAAUGAAAUUUGAUUCUCCUUUACAACUUCCGUUUUACGUAACUUUGGGUGUUGCUGUUGGUGGAUACACUCAGUUUCCUGAUAAUUGUAAAAGCAAAGGUUACACAAAACCAUGGAACAACUUUAAAUCAAAGGCACUUUUGAACUUCUAUCGAAAGCAAUCAACAUGGUUCAACACUUGGAAGUCAGGAACAUCUUUGAAAGUGGAUUUCAUCAAAAUUUGGGCCUUGUGAUGAAUUUUUCUUAUUUUUUAAAAUUAAUUAUUAUAGAAACCUCGACGAUUCCAAUGUUUUAUACACAUUUUUAAUUCUCAUUUACAUACAUUUUAAUACAUUCACCUCAA